UUCAGCAGACAAAGUCGGUCGUUGUAUUCAAGAUUUUUGGUGCGCUGUAAUAGAAUUAGUUGUGUAAAACCUUUUGAAGAUAAAACAUGGAUGAAGAAAGUGUGGAAGAAGGAGAGAUAGUGGACUACAAUCCUAUCCCAAGACCGACUGCUUAUGGAGCAGGUGUAAUGAGCAUGAAAUACAGUGAUAACAGUGGAGAUGAAAAUGAUUCCGUUGAUAGUGACAGUGGAAACGACAGUGACUCACCGGGUUUCAGUGCUAAGAAGCCAAAAAUAAGAAAGAAAAGUGGACCUACCGAAAAAAGGACACAUGAAGCCACUAAACAGAAUAAGUACAAUAUAUGGUGCAGUGAUCUGCAAGAAACGUCAUUAACAGAGGACCUGGUAAACUGCGAUGUGAGACAGAACAUGUUGGACCGUUCACGAGACGUUGAAUCCUAUGACUACAGUCUAGCCUAUGCUAUGGAUGACCAGCAUGAUGCGGGUAAUUUCAGCAAUAAAUCAGGAGCAUUUCCUCAGGGUACCAAAAGACGUUACGGGGACCGAGGAAAUGUGAAGUUACGCCUUGGAAAGAGGCGAAGCAAUAGCAAUGAACUUGACUAUAGAGGCUCACCAAGGACCAUAUUUGAUCUUAAUGUCACCUUGGAGAACACUGACGAAGAAGUGGCCAGUGAUAUAGCUAACAAACUCUGUGAGGAGAAGGACGACCUUAUUUUGAAAGUUGUGGAGGUGUUGGGAAAACAGAAGGCUAUGGAUAUAUUCAAGGAAACAAGAAAGGUUGAAGAAAAUGGCGGUAUGAUGAUUUUGAACAACUCUCGACGCAGAACUCCAGGUGGCGUUUUCCUUCUGCUGGUGAAACAGGAUGAUGAUGUUCAACAAGAGAAGCUGAACUUAAUAUUCACAGAUGACAGGAGGAAAAGACAAGCACUGAAGAAACAUUCACUUUUGCAGCUGAAGAAGGCAAAAGCAGAUGAGCUCAGGAGGAGUUUGUCAGCAGAUGGCAUGUUGGGAGAGAGAGGGUUGCCUACUCUGCUGACUCGGACAGAGCUGCAAAUUCAGCAGCAACAUAAGCACUGUGAGACCGAUGGUGUGACUAAUCCACCACCUUCUCCAGCAACAGAUGGACGAGAGAAUAGCAGUGAUGGGGUGCCUGAGCUGAGUGAGCAGUUGGGGAGCAGACAGCUUACUGUGUACAAUGAUGCAGACUUCCUUGAUGUCACCACUGACAUGGAUGUGUUUUAAUGACGUGCCUCACAGAUACAAAACUGUGGUAUUCACAUUUCUUACAUAAAUCUGGGCAAAGCUACUGGCAAUUGGAUGUGAGAGUUCCUCUUUGAAGAAUGUCAAGCUAACUGUUUUAUCGUUCAUUGCAGCUCUGACAGUUUAGUUUAAAUUCUGAAAUAUUAACAGGCAGCAUUCGCGGCCAUUGAUGAAACUGGAAAAUGAAACCUCCCUUUAGUGUGUGUCUAUUUAAUUCCCUUAUUUUACAUUCAGCAGUAAUCUGUAUUACAUUACCACCAUUUAAAGAUUUUCCUCAGUUUAGUGUUCGUAUCCACUGCUCCCUUGAGAAACCUUAGAUGAGGGUAGCAUUGUAUUUUUAUGUGUUACAAGUAAUUUUUAUUCAAAUUAUCACUUUGUCACAUCAGUUAUUUUUCUUGUAGUGCAUAUGUGUAAUAAUUAUCAUUUAUUACACUCAUGCUACAAAGCGUAUUUUUUUACUGUUUGAGUAAGAGGUGUAUAUCUGCUUUUUUUUUGUUUCAGCUUUGUUCAUAGUAAAGUUUCUCUUAUAACAGUGUUUCAAGUUUGUUCUUGACACUGCCUUUUAAGUUAAAUUUUUGCCUGCCGGGGAAUGGAUAGCCGAAGAAGGGUUAUUUUAAGUGAGAUGUGAACAUUAUGUGUUUUGGAGCAACCCGUCUCUGUAUUCAGGGCAGAAGAGUGCUGUAGCCUUGUAGAUGUUUACCAACUCUUCUGCCCUGAAGAUUGAAACAGCAGGUUUCUCCAAAACGUUGGUAGAUAUGUAUCAACUACUCGUACAUUUCCCAGUUAUUGUAGACUUUAAACUGUGGAACAGUCAACAGGAGAACUCAUCUAAAUCGAUCUUACAAAAACAGUCUUGUAUUCCGUGAGAUCCAGAGCAGUGAAUAGACAAUUUUUCAUGUUUGCAAAAUGCAACUAAUAGGUGUGGGUGGAUUCCAUAUUCCAAGAAGGGUAUUCAUGCUGACUUGUUGAAGGCUCUGCUAGAUAUAACAACACUAAUAAAAUAUAGGGAGGUCAAAAAAGUGUACUCGUAUACAUGCUUUAAUGGGUUAUCUACAGACACAUCCACAAAGUUGAACUGAAAUGUAAUAUACUGUGUGUAGUGUGAUAUUCUCUCAAAAGAUGGUGCUAGUCACAUGAAUGCCAGAGCCACUUUAUCCAAUGGCAGGACAAUCAAAGGAAAUGGCAGAACAGUGUGUAUACAUUUCUUCUUGGGCCCCUCUGUGUAAGCUGCAUAUGAAUACUAACUGUUCAUCUGCAGCUGCUCUGAACUGCAAAUGGUCCACUUAACAGAGGUACCAGUUUAUCUGCUACUCUUAAAAUUUUGGUAUCAAGCCCAGUGAGGAUCACAAUUUUUCCAGUGUAAUUUUUAUGUGGGUUUUCUGCCCAAUAUUCAAAUUUCCUUGUCUGUCACUGUAACCGGUGACACCUCAAGAUUGCAUGUUUGGUGAAUGAUGAAUUUUUGAAGUUGGGGAACAUUGUGUUAAGUUGGCAGCAUAGGCAUUAAAAGGUUGCCCCAUCAUCUCUGUGCAUCAGGGUUCAUGGGCUCAGUCUCUUGAUUAUUUCAGUUGUUUUAAUUAUAUUUGCAAUUGUGUUUUUGUGUUCAGUAUUGUGAUGCGUUUCAGGUUGCAGAAUAUGAUCGGCUGAGAUUUCCUUUGCAUAUAAUUGAAUCUUGUAUCUGACUCGUAUAGCUGGGUGGCUGAGUGAGCUGCAGAAAUAUCUCAGGCGAACACACUGCAUAAUAACAAGCGCUGGAGAGGCAUGUAAAUUUGCCUUCAGCAUUCUGAGUGCUGAGAACAGAAUUUAUGAACUUAAAGAGAAAAUUAUUCAUACGAAUGACAAUAUACUUGUUUGUGCAAGCCAGUAACUUCUGCUUCAAACACUUCUUUGAUUUGUUGUAUGUUUAUCAAAAUAAAACAAGACAUUUCUCUUA